UUUGUGGUCUGUGUAAAUAAAUCUUUCAAGUUUCAGCAUUUUUGAUAAAAAAUGUGGAUUUUUUAAAACUAUACUUAUACCUACAUUCUGUGUUCUGGCCUCCGACCUCCGUUCCACACGCAAUGUUUAUAGAUAAAAAUUAUGGGAACUGUUUGAAGCACGUUUUAUUUCCUUAGCUAUGCUUGUGUUAUAGUUUCUUGUGAAUUUAUGAGCUUGUGAAGAGAAUAGGGAUUUUGUGCGCGAAGUGCUUCAUGACUGAUUUGCUUCGGGCUUCGGGCGUCAACAUCCGGAAGACUUGUUCAUGUUUUGUAAUAAAUUCGCACGCCCACUUAGCACAUCUGGCAUAGUGUUUGUUUUUGUGAUAGAUGGUACGGAAUAAGUGAUAGUACCGUGGCAUAGGGCGUAAAAUGUCGUUGCAAAAAAGCGUAAAAAGUGCAGGCGGUGAGCGCAGUGAGCAGGAUAAUGCUUCGAUAUGCUCAUCAGUGACUACACAGCCAGACAGACAUGGAUUUUUCGGUGGAGCUCAGUAUAGUCCUGAACCAAAACGGACAGUAUCACCGAGCACAAUACUGAAGCGAGAACAAAAAUGGCUGCGUAUGCUAAACAACUGGGAAGCGUUCAUGAGCAAAAACUACAAAAAAGUCCGCGAGCGGUGCCGGAAAGGCAUCCCCGCCUCAGUUCGACCGAAGGCCUGGCUCUACCUGUGCGGAGGUCAGUUGCUGCUGGAGAAGCACCCCGAGGAGUACGAGGAGUUGCUGAAGGCGCCCGGCGACCCCAAGUGCAUGGAGGACAUCCGCAAAGACCUGCACCGCCAGUUCCCCUACCACGAGAUGUUCAUACGCGAAGAAGGCUUAGGGCAACAAGAACUGUUCUGCGUGCUCAAAGCGUAUUCAGUGCUGAACCCUAAAGUGGGAUACUUCCAAGCGCAGGCGCCCGUGGCGGCGUUCCUGCUGAUGCACAUGCCCGCGGUGCAGGCCUUCUGGUGCCUCGUCAGCAUCAGCGACAAGUACCUCAGUGGCUACUACAACCCGGGCCUAGAGGUUCUUCAACGUGACGGCGACAUUCUACACGCGCUACUGAGAAGAACCGCUCCAGCAGUUCACAGGCACCUGGGCAAGCAUCGCGUGGAGCCCGUGCUGUAUGCGACCGAGUGGUUUCUGUGUGCUCUCACUCGCACUCUGCCCUGGGACAGCUUGCUGCGAGUGUGGGACUGCUUCCUGUGCGAGGGAGUCAAGGUGCUAUUCAAAGCAGCCCUAGUAAUCCUAGCCGGGGCGUUAGGGCCGGCCAAAGUGCGGAAACGCGCCUCGGGACUGUGCGAGACUCUGGAGGUGUUGCGGCACCCGCCCGAAGCGAUCCUGACGGAGGACUACCUCAUGUACCACAUGCAGCGCCUCAACCUCACUGAGGAAGACUUCGAGUUCGAGCACCAGCGGCAGACCGCCAAACGACGCGCCAUGGCCAAUAGAAGUGGUAGCUGAUUCAGCGAGUGUUCCUACAAGCGUUAUUCCAAGGAUAACGCUCGGGACAUCUUCCACACUCUAUAAACACGAGUGUGAUCACUAUAGACUCACAGUUGAUCAUCACUGAUCACCAUUGAUCAUAACUGAUCACCGAUGAUCACAACUGAACACGAGUGAACAACGUGUCAUAUGUGCGUGUAACGAACCGCGAAAACGACUAAGUGUAUAAUACAAACGUGAGAA